UUUUUAACAUUUAAGCAGCCGGCACGCUCAUUGCAAACGGCAGACGUUGGCUAGGGGUUUUUGCAAAUACACACCGGGAAUUUAUUAACCGUUAAAAUGGAGCGAUUGUCGGCGACUCUUAUGGCUUUGUGCCUGGCUAUGGUUAUCGUCCAAAGUACCGGGAAGUCGGUGCAGCUGGACAGCUUCAACCUGGACUGCACACCGGCCCCGAAAUUCAUCGGGAAAGACGACCAGUCCACAUGCUUCGGGCGCUGCAAGGAGAGCGAAUGCCUGGCCGCCAUCUACAGCAGCGCCGGGCCCCCCACUCGGUCGACCUGCGCCAUCAUUCUCAAGGGCGCCAAGUGCCUGCCGGGUCCCCGUGGUCCCUUCAACGUCAAACUGAACGUACCCAGCGUCAACUACAACUACCGCACCAGCCACACCCUGGACGGGUCCAAGGAGAAGAAACUGUACUCCACGUCGGGUCUCGGACUGGAUGAGUGCAAGAACUUCUGCUCCAUCGUCAAAGGCUGCAACGCCGUCCGCUCCAGUCCCAUGACGUGCCAGCUGCUGCAGUUGUCCGGCAAACAAAAGGCGAUGAAAAGCGGAAACGGCAAAGGACCUCUGUGUCAUAAUAACGAGUGGGUCUACUACUCGGAUAAGAGUAUGGCGCCCACGGAAAAGGGCUGUGAGGUCAUGACGAAUUAGAAACGAUGGUUGUAGUGCUUCUCGCACUAAUUGAAUUCUAUUGGUUUGUGGCUUGGCGCAAAAUAUUUUGCAUUGCCGAGAUUCGGUUAUGGGAGAAUAAAACUGCCAUGAAAAAAAUAA